AUGGAUUCUGCACAGAAAAGAAAUAUCCCUAUUUCUGAAGGUGCUUUGAUUCCAUCAGCUGAUCCUGUUGUUCCAGAAAACGCCAAUGAUAUUCAAGAAGUCCCAGGGGAAGCAUAUGUUACUCCGCCCGUUCAAACAUCAGUGUCUUCAUCAAAAACCCCUGAUGAUGGAUCCCAUAUUGCAAUUCCUUCUGUGAAUUCAACUGCUCAAAGUGGAACUCCUGCUGUUACUCCUCCCGUCCCACAACUUGCUGCACAAAGGUAUAUUGUGGACAUCAAUGGGUUGGUGCCAACCAAAACCAUACAUUUCAACAUUGUCGUUCGUGUGAUGACUAUAUGGAAAAUGUAUGAUACUCAAAACAAGAAGGAUGUCAAAUCACUUGAAUUGUCUUUGAUUGAUGCUCAGGGUUCCAAGAUCCAGGCUACCAUACCUGCUCGAAUCAUGAAAGAUUUUGUAAAGUACUUUAAAGAUGAAGGUGUAUGCAGGAGGCUGUCACGUUUUGAUCACUGUCUUAACAUAAAUGGAGGUUACCGUUGCUCCAAACACGAGUAUAAAAUUGUGUUUGGAUCUGACACUUUGGUUGAACAAGCUGUUGACCUUGACAUACCUAAUCAUGUAUUUAAGUACACUCCUUUUGCAGAAAUUACGAAUUUUGUUGCCAACUUUGACUAUUGUUGUGAUUUGAUAGGACACAUAAUUGGCUACAGUGAUCCUAUUGUUGAAAAGGGUAAGAAGAGGAUUUCUGUGCAACUGGAGGAUGAAAGAGCUGACACGUUAAAGGUUACUCUUUGGGAAGAACACGCUGACCGUGUUCUCAAUUGUAUGAAUAAUGAACCCGAAUAUCCUGUUGUUUUGAUUGUGCACCAAAGUUUCACUACAACCAACCUAUUUAAUGGCGGGAUAUACCUCAAUGAUAUGAACAUUGCGACAUAUACGAGUACAAACACAGGUUACACAACGUUUGAAGACUUUGUCCGUGAUGCAGAGAUGCUAACUUUGUCUGGAAUUAGCGAAUUGGAUCAGGCCUGCAACGUUGUAGUAUUUGCUAAGAUAAGUGGAUUAGCAAAGGAAAAUGAAUGGUCAUACACAGGGUGCAGCCUCUGUAACAGAAAGGUUUUUGAGAUAGAAGAUGCUGAGAAGAACAAUGGAGGAAAUAAAAAGUUAUCAUUUGCAAAGAGCAGAAGGACAGAUAAUGGAAAGGCAAUUUCAUGUCCGAAAAAAUGGAUGUGCAGCAGUCAUGGACCUGUUUCUGCUGUUGGGCCAAAAUUCAAACUGCAGGUAUAUGUUGUUGAUGGUUCAGGUAGCAGGAUUGCUACACUUUGGGACAGAAUGGUUUACAAUUUCAUAAACAAGAGUGCUGCCGAACUAAUUCAGGAGGGGAACUUAGAUUACCCUGAAAUCCUAGAGGAAAUUGUGGGGAGAAAGUGUUUGUUCAGGCUGGAUGUGUCCAAUUACAAUAUUAGGAACAAUACAAGUGAGAUAUCGGUUGCAAGGAUUGCUACUGAUCAUGAUAUUAUAAAGAAGUACCUCGAAGCUGUUUCUGAUGAUCAGGACAUUGACCCAGAGCUAAGUGCAGAAUUCUAUCACUCUGUGACUCCAAAUCAGGACAGCAAUGCUAAGACAGCUGUUUCGUGCACUGAUGAAACUGAUUUGAUGUUGAUUGGAGAUGACUCUGCCGAUAGUCCUCCUCCUAAGAAGUUUACAAAUGCACAUGAAGUUUUGAGAAGAAAAACACGUUAUAUUUCAGCAGUCAAAAUGGAUUAUGGUUAUGAUCAAUUGGUUUUAGUUCCAGCAAACAUUCGAACAAAAGGAUUGAUACUUAGCAGUAACCUCACUGCAAUUUUAAGACAUGUUGGACAGCAAAUCAUGAUUGAAGUACCAGGGAUUGGCAGUGUUUUUGCAAAUAUGCAUAUUAAUAAGAAAAAGAGGUGUCAAUUAUACGGAUCUGCACUUGAGGAGUUCUUUGCAGCCAUCGGUGUUUUUCCUCAAUCUAAGAUUCAUGUUAUUUAUCACAAGUCUUCUAAUGUUCUGCAUUUAUUUAAUUUUAAUCACGAUGGAUGCCAACGUUUUUCCCCUGAUCUUAAUGCAAACAUUGGACAUCGGUAUCUUUUGGAGUUAAAUCCUAACAAUUCUCUCCGAUGUGUUAUUAACCCACAGUACUUUAGGGGUAUAGAUUGGCCUUUGAAUCAAACUGUUUCGCUGAUCCUUGAUGAUAAACAUAAACAGUGGAAUUUUAAUAUAUAUACACAACAGGGUGAACCUGUAGGUUUUGAAGGCAAAAUGUGGGCAGAAUUUCAUGAUCUUUACUUUAAUCAUCUACGAGGUGUAAAUGUAAUAUUCAUUUACACAGGGCAAUUAUACUUUAGGUUAAGGGUUUUCAACCUUCAAGGUUCUUCUUGUGAUCGGGAUAUAUCGCUUCGGAUUCAUCGAAGAAGACUUGAUAUUCAAGACUACAAUAGUUUGAUCAUAUACUAUGAUGAAGAACCUGUUAUCAGAAUGGGCCGUGUCUAUUUAUCUGAUUAUCCUAAUCGCUUCAUUGUCAAAGGAGACAUUGAGUACAUGAUGGGUUUAAAAAAGAUCCCUACUGGUAUCAAGCUCGGUUUUCAUAUAGAUGCAAGAAAGGCAGUUAAUAAGGAACAUUUAAUCUUGGAAGUACUGUAA